UAAAAAUUGAUAUUAUGAAAUGGCACUAUGAAAAUGGAAAGUGAAGUAAUAUUUACAAAGUCCAUCUUCAAGAUCAGGUUUCUGCAGUGAAUUGCAGCUGAAAAUGGUUGAAGGAUUACUCAGCAAACAGGAGAGGUGCAUAAUGUAUUACCCUGGUUAGCCAUUCACUCUCUCCUGUGCAUGAGAGAAAGGUAUUUUGCAGAAAACAUUGUGCAACUUUGACUGAAAUCUCUUCAGUGUCCACACUUCUCCGAUUAUUAGAAAGUAGUUUUAAGUGGAUAUUUUAGAAAUCCAAAUCAAACCAUUUCAACAAAAACACAAUGAGUUCCCUGCAACAUGUGAAUCCCAGGGUAAGAGAGAUGAGAGUCUCACCACACAGCACACUACGGAGUCUGGCUGCACGCAUCACACAAGAGAUCAUAACAGGGGCACAAAAACCUUUUAAGGACGUGAUUGAUGUGAGCUCAGGUGAUCCCCACAAAGCAGGAAUGAAACCCAUUUCAUUUGUUCGACAGGUCUUGGCGGUGUGUCUGUACCCUCAGCUGCUGGAGGACAACAGUCUUCCUCUGGAUGUCAAGCUGAGGGCUCAGAGGUUCCUGGAGGUCUGUGAUGGAAAAAGUGUGGGGUCCUACACUGCCUCCUCCGGCUCGCUUCAUGUCAGGCAGAGCAUCGCUGAGUUCAUCAUGAGACGAGACGCUGGAGUGCCUUCAUAUGCUAACAACAUUUUUAUUUCUGCUGGUCUUCAAAAAGCCUUGAUGGUGGUUGUGAAGCUGCUGGCCAGUGGGGAGGGGGAGACUCAGACAGGUGUGUUGACCCCCAUUCCCUGCCCACACACCCUACCCAUGUUGUUGGAUGAGGCCGGUGUGAUGCUGGUACCCUACCAGCUGAGAGAGGACCGGGGCUGGGCUGUGGACCUGGAGGAGCUGCACCGAGCUUUGAAGACAGCCAGGGGGCGCUGCAAACCCAGAGCCAUUUACAUCAGCAACCCAGGAAACCCCACAGGUCAUGUGCAGGACAGGAAAUCAAUAGAGGAAGUGAUUCAGCUUGCAGCAGCUGAGAGACUCCUCCUGUUGGUUGAUGAGGUACACCAGGACAGCGUGUAUGGACAGAGCAAAGAGUCUAUUUCCUAUAAGAAAGUGCUGUUUGAGAUGGGAAAAGAGUACUCAGAGACAGUGGAGUUGGUUUCCUUAAACUCUCUAUCCAGCGCCUGCAUGGGAGAAUGUGGUCUGAGGGCAGGAUACAUGGAGGUGGUCAACAUGGACCCAGAUGUGAUGCUGUUUGUUGACACUGUGCUGUGUGGUGAUAUCAGUACUCCGGUCACAGGACAGCUUGCUCUGGAUCUCAUGGUCAACCCACCGAAACCUGGAGACCCUUCCUGCGACACGUACACACAGGAGAUUCUCCUCAGGCGGGCCACUCUGUCUCAGAACGCUAAGCGGGCUCAGGAGUUCUUGAACGGUCUACCAGGGGUGAGCUGUCAGCCAGUGAUGGGGGGAAUCUACCUUUAUCCACGUCUGCGUUUGCUGUCUGAGAUUACUGAGCAGGCCAAGGUGCUGGAGGUGGAGGCAGAUGUCUUGUACUGCCAGAAGUUACUGGAGGAGGAAGGUGUGUUUGUAGGAGCAGGGUGUCAGCAUGGAGGAACAACUGGCAACCACCAUCUGAGAUUCUGCAUCCUUGUUCCUCCUCACACCCUGGAGGAGGCCCUGGAUCGCCUCGGAUCUUUCCAUCGUCGCCUUUGGGCAGACAGCCGCACCCUGACAAAGGUGUGAAGGGCAGAGACACAGUGUAAAAUACAGCGACCCAACAUGUAGUCCCCUGUAGAGAAGGACAGGUCCUCAACUUGAGUGUGGAUGUUGGAAAGGAGAUUUGUUGAACACGCAGAGAGUGUUCUCAAGCCUUUGUGAUUUUAUGCUAAUUCAUGUAUACACAAGUAUGUCUCAUAUUCCUCAUAUUGUCUUUUUAUUAGUGCUCUGCAUGCUUAAAAACAACUCCAGAGUAUUUUAAAAGAACAUUUUUUAUCAUAUAUCAUAUACAGUAUAUGUUAAGAAGGCUUGCAGUUCACAUGGUUCAGAUAUAGCAGCCCCCUCAAGUGCCCUUUUCUCAUUGGACAGCAUGGAUACAAACAUGGCAGGAGCCAAUCAGCUCCUUUUGGUGGUUAACUGGUAUAUUAGCUCAUUUACUUUGUCUGCUAGUUUGAUGAAUAUGUUUGGGAUAUACGUGUCUUUCUGGCUAUAAAGGUGGUUAUGUGCGUAAAUGAAUAUAAAUCACAUUUACCAAGUGUAAACCUGUACAAAAUUCAUAAUGGUAGUCUAUGGGAGGAAUGAUCCAACUGAGUUCAAACCUUUUUUACUUUGAAACUACAGACCCCAUUCAAACUUUAAAAUGUUCACAAAACUUUUAACUUUUAACUUUUUCAAAGUUGUGUUCUGUACCUUCUGUACUUUUGGAGCAAUUUAAGUCCAAAGUACAGCAGUUUUCAGAUCUCAUCAGCGUGAUGUCAUCAGGCAGAGAGGAGAGCAGAGAUUUUUUUAGACCAGGAAAAAAAAAGUAGCUAAACAUGUCUCCCUCCCACAGUUUUAACUCCUCAAGCACAUAUCAUACCUCAAAAUGUUGUCACAAGCCUCCUCUCUCUCAAAAUGUAAAUGUAUUUUCCAUAUGAGUUAUAGUUUUUGAGCUCUAAACCAUAAUUGAUAGGGAGAGCGCUGUCAUGCUCUCAUUGACUGCAAUGCAAUCUGCAGGCUGUGUGUCUCCUCACUCUCCCAUUUCUUAAACUUCAAACACUUUGUACUUCCUCAUGCUCAGCAAGUCCUGCUGUCACUAAUAAUGUCCAAACUCUGAGCUAGAAGCUUCGUUUUGGGCAAAUCAAUUUUUCCUCAACAAAAUAUGAAUUUGUGCAGCACAUUUCAGGGAUUCCCUGCCGGCUCUGUGGCUAAGCCCUGUCAAUAGUCAGCUUCCUCUGUUAGAUUGCAAGCUGGGUUCAAUACCAGCUCACGGGAGUGCUCCUCAUACCUCUGCUCUUAUAAACAAACAUGUUUAUUAUGUACCAUCAUGAUAUGCAACUCCAGCUCCCCCUAUUAUUAUAAUAAUGUCAGAGCUGCAACCCUUUUUAUGCAAUUAAAAGUCUUAAUAAGAAAAUCAGAUCUUGCUCAUUGUUUGCUGUGUCACAUGUUAGCUCAGUGCUAAGUAUUGCUAUCUUACAAACAUGAGGUUGUAGGUUUGAUCCCAACUGCAGCCAAUGUUAUUCUUGGUAGAAUUUUAAUACUAUUCAGCUUUCAGCAAUGCAAAACCCUCAAAUUCAGCUUUCAGCAAUCACACAAUCACAUGUAAUUUCUUCGGAAAUUGCAUUUUCUAGUUAAUGAUCAUU